UCUCGACCUCCACCUCAUCCUCCAUCUCAACACUCAACCAACAGCUCCCCAUUCACUCUCUAUCACUUCUCUAAUACCUUAUAAUUAUGACGACCCGUUAUCGUGUUGAAUAUGCUCUUAAGUCGCAUCGUCGCGACCAGUUGAUAGAAUGGAUCAAAGGCCUUCUGGCUGUUCCAUUUGUCCUGCAUUCACAACCUACGGCUGUCUACCAAGAGCACGGCGAGAAUCUGAUCGCCAUCGCGGCGGAUACCCACCAACGUUAUGCGGAGAUCUUCCGGGAUGUUGAGAAUCUCAUGCGCGAUCAUAUCCACCACCAACAAACAGGAGCUCCCGGUAAAUCGAAGCUCAAUCUCCUAGUGCCAACCGUAGGCUCCUUCUUCACGCCCCUGCCCCUCGAAGACGCCUUCAAAUACCAGGACAGCCAGCGUUUCAUCAGCCGACGUCGCUUCGUCGCCCCGUCCUUCAAUGACAUCCGUCUCAUCCUCAACUCGGCUCAGCUCUUGGGCCUCUUUCGCACCUCCGGCGUCGAUCUAGUGACCUUCGACGGAGAUGUCACCCUCUACGAUGACGGCGCUUGCCUCACCGACGACAACCCCGUCAUACCCCGCCUCAUCCGUAUCCUCCAACAAGGCCGCAAAAUCGGCAUCGUCACCGCCGCCGGCUACACCGAAGCACCCAAGUAUUACGAACGUCUAAAGGGUCUCCUCGACGCUGUCCACAACUCCGACGUCCUCACCCCGGCCAACCGCGACGGUCUCGUGGUCAUGGGCGGUGAAAGCAACUUCCUCUUCCGCUACGACCACGCCUCCCCGCAUAAGCUUACCUACGUCCCCCGUGAACAAUGGCUGCUCGAUGAGAUGCACGCCUGGCAAGAAGCGGAUAUCACACAGCUUCUGGACAUCGCCGAAUCCUCCCUCCGCGCUUGCGCCAAGAAUCUGAAUCUUCCCGUCGCUGUACUGAGAAAGGAUCGUGCUGUCGGCGUUUAUCCCCUAGAUCGGACAAAGGUUACUCGGGAACAAUGGGAAGAGACGGUCUUAGUUGUCCAAAACACUGUCGAGCGAUCAGUCGUCGGCACUCGAUUGCCCUUCUGCGCAUUCAAUGGUGGAAAUGACGUCUUCGUCGACAUCGGCGAUAAAUCCUGGGGUGUACGCGCCUGUCAACAGUAUUUCGGCGGCAUCGACCGUUCCCGCACUCUCCACAUUGGCGACCAGUUCUUGUCCGCUGGUGCCAAUGAUUUUAAGGCACGCCUGGCUUCGACAACGGCCUGGAUCGCUAAUCCGGCUGAAACGGUACAGCUCUUGGAUGAGUUGGCGAUUAUUGAGAAAUAAUUUGCCUUUAUUCAUUACUGGUUAUCUCUUCGAUUCUUCUCCGUUUGCGAUAUUUUUUAAGUCUUACUAUUUACUAGUUCCGUUGUCGUUGUUUAUUGGUUCGGGUUCAUUGAGCGAGUAUGGGUUUGUCUAGGGAGUGUCUUGCAUGAUUUUGGGGAAUAUGCAUUACAUGAGAUACGCCAUAUAGGUACGGAUACGAUGUUUAAUUAUGCAUAAAGAUAUGAAGAGCGAUUUGAAUAAGGGUGAUCAUAA